AGGCCACAGCACGGCACGGCAUGGCCUCGACCUCGCGCGUCACUCUCGAAGCGGCACCGCACGCGGCAACGAGCGAUGGCGGCCUCUUCGGGCUCGCAGGUCAGCACGGCGUCCACCCUCCCUUGAACUUCACCGAGACGGUGCAGGCGCUGACCGAGUUCAUCGAGGUGGCCAUCCACACGGUGCUCUGCGUGCGCGGUGUGUACCCGCCUGAGGUGUUCACGCGUAAGAAGCGCUACGCGACGCCCGUUUGGCAGGCGCGCCACCCAGGCCUCAGCGCCUACAUCGGAGACGCUGUCAAGGCGGCCCGCCGGCAGAUUAUACUCGAGAACGUGCAGAGCGUCGUGCUGCUCGUCUCACGCGCGUCGGACCCAUCUGAGGCACUCGAGCGCUUUGUCUUUCGCAUCGCCCACCUCCUCCCAGUGCCGCCGCCACGCGACCGCGAUCUUGACAUCCAGGGCAACCUGACGUUGCCCGAGGUCGAGCUCGCGCUGCGUGCGAUGAUGCAGAAGAUCAUGGCACUCGAUGGGGACAUGGCACCGUAUCCGGACCCAGAUGACGUGACGUGCGCCAUCAUCAUCGAGUGCAUGCACGGCAAGCAGCCGCAGAGCGACGAUCCUGAUGAGCCCCCCGAGGGGCCGUGGGUCCCCGCGAGCGCCGCUGCUAACAUUCCCACGCUGCCCACGGCACGUCAGCAAGGAGCUGAUGAACAUGCUCCAGGAGCGUAUACACUUCCCAUAAAAGCACUGGAUACCGGUGUCAUCAACCUUCUUUUCUACGCUCAGGAACACAUCACGCACAAGCAGCAAGACGACGCGCCUGAGAGAGCUUCAUCGCCUCAAAACCGCCAUGCACGGCAGACAGAGCCAGGUCAAUCUGAUGCAACAGCAGCAGCGGCAACGAAGCAAGGCAACCGCCAGACGCAACUAAGGGGCUCUCGAUCCGAAUGCGAGCGAGAUCGUGUGACGAAUCAUCGCCCCAUAGCAGCCCCCUCACAGCGGUCGACCCUUCUCGCAUCGCAGCAAAAGAGCAUUCUAAAGUCGCGCACAGCGCCCAUGUACCGUGAUGCAGAGCGUGACAUCGACCAGCACUCCAAGCUCCCCUUGUACAACGAUGACGACCCAUCCGAGAGCGAGGACGGCGGUGCCAGGCGCAAAGGGGGCAAGAGAAAGAAGCGGGGGCGAAAUGGAGUCGGAGGUGGAGGCGACCGGUCGCGUGCAUAUGGCGCUGCGAUGGGUGUGCGCAGUGGCGGCGGCGUGCAGAAUAGCGCCGAUAUUGGCGAUACGGAGGAUGAAUCAUCUGAACCCACCUCGGAUCGAUCUGUCAGUUCGCGAGGCACAGAUGGCGGUGGAGCCGGAGGCGGGGGAGCAGGAGGCAGCGACAACGAGAUGACCAGCGUCGCUGGGAUCGGCUUUGGUGGGCCUGCGAAGGCUGCUGUGCGACCGGGGUGGUAGUGAAUUGUCACAACGUAUGUGGAAUAGGGUUUCUUGCAUACUGUAAGUCGUUAUUGCAUUUAUCCA